AGCUUUGUUAUCAGGAACUCUGAGGACUUAUCAACGAGCUGGAUGUGACGAUGACUUCGUCACGCUGAAAUGCCCACGCGGUACCAGCAUUGUCAUCGAUAUUGCUCAAUAUGGUAAAUCUGCUCCAUCCAAGAACCCAUGCGCCGCAAAGGCGACUCAAUCCACCAUCACCAAGUCGGCUUUCAACUUGAAUGUCUCGUGCUUGUGGUCUAACACUUUGCAGAGUAAAUGGGAUGAAGUUGAGCAAGGAACGUGGGGAAGAUAUUCACUGUUGCAGACCGUCGUGGAGGCUUGCCAGAAAAAAACGACAAUGCAAAUUCCAGACGAAUCCAAAAACAUUCGGAGGAGACCCUUGUCCAGGAGUAAGAAAAUAUGUCGAAGUUGCAUAUAAGUGCAGACCUUAUGAGUUUCGCAGCAAGGUGGCUUGCGAAAACGAGAGGAUACAAUUAAAGUGUAAUCCUAACCAAAGAGUUGCGGUUUAUAGCGCCAGCUAUGGAAGAACGGAAUACGAAAGCAUCCAGUGCCCCCAACCGCAGGGUGUUCCCGAAGAAACUUGUUUGGUGAGCUACGCAACUGAAACUGUGAUGCAUAGAUGUCAUGGACAACGCAGCUGCGAACUUACAGCUGACAGCAGCACAUUUGGGGAGAUUUGUAAAGUCAACUCGAGAAAAUACUUAAAAGUUGUUUACGCUUGCGUGCCUAGGAAGGUGUUGAAGGAGAAGUACGAGGGUCAGUCAGAGCCCGACGAAAUGGACAAUGUGGAGGAUCAAGAGGACGACGACGACUUUGACACUUACGACGCAGGAAACGAGUUUAUCCGCGAGUCGGCCGCAUCUCCGCCGGCUCCAAAUAGCGAAGGCAAGGAUGAUAAUUACACAAAAGAAGCCAAUGCAAAAAAUCCACCACACACCUCCAACGGGCUUGAUUUUGAAAACCAAGAGCGUUUCUACUUGUACCUGGUGGUGAGCAUAGGGGCCGGGCUUCUAUUGCUGCUCAGCUUCAUAGUGGGCCGACUGCUCUACCAGAUGCACCGCAGCCGUCGCGAGGCGAAGUUUCGCACGACUAACGUCGACGAGAACUCCUUGCCUAACGGCUUCGCCGACGACAUCAGCGAAGUCGACGCCGACAUCGACUUCACCACGCCGUUGCCGAUGCCGGUGCCGUCUGUGACGGUGCACUCGCCGGCCGCGGUCGGCAGCGUUGCCGAGGUGGUGCGGUACCCGCUCGUGCACUCCCACCACACCAUCAGAAGGGCCGACUGCGACGCGCCGCCGAGGAGUUUGAGUAGCGGCAGCAGUCGCUACUACUACGGAUGA